GAAGCAGUCAAGCUUCCACGACGAUCGGACUCUUCUGUUUUUUCGGCUCACGAAGCAUGGAACUCCGACCGGGCUGGACCCUGCGUUCCCCGAUUUUUCGGUUAAUAGGGCACCGCACGGCAGAACGUCCGACGUCACUUCGCUCGCGUUUCGUCGGCUCCCGUCUCCCGUCCGUCGGCUUCGCCGUCACCCAGCUGCACGACGAGUACUGCGAGAAGCCCCAGCGCGAUUGGUGGAAUCUCGAGUCACGCGUCGUCGUCGCAGACAACGUCACCACCCACGACGAAGUGGACACCUGGGUCAUAGUCCUGGUAUGGUCCCCGGUGCACGGGAGCUGGCCGCAGCAGUUUAUAACGGCGCCAAUGGAACGGGUACCCAUGGAAGGCUGCAAGGUGCACUGCCUUCCGACUCGGGACGGGUUCCUGCUGAUCUCCGCCGGUGCGGUCGUGUUUCACGACUGGGACCUGGACGUCGACGACUUUGCCAGGUGUACGAAGACGUCGUCCUGCGGUGUUCCGGCAACGGAUCCAAUUGCACUCAGUGGAACUCGACGUGGCGCUCCGCACCUGGCCCACAAUAUACGUCACACGUGCGGAAGAGGGCGUCACGGAGCGUUCCACUGUGCACAAAUGAUGCCCGACGGACAAUAUUGACGAACUUGUGGUUGGUGGGCAUCCAGCGGCUCGGGUUGUGUAAUGGAGGGUGCGGCGGCCUGCCCUGCCUCGCGACUGGCUCCAAAGGAGGCCCCGUCCAUUGUGAACUGUCGAGAAACGCUGGUCGCGAGCUGUGUACGUGUUCUUGCGAUGAGUGUUUACGACUGACUGCUAUGACUUGUCACGCUGAUUAUGAUUGUCGCCACGUGUUUAUGCGUAACUCGAAGCUAGGUGCUUUGCGCCUCCUUUCAAAUAAAGCGUCUCCGUAUUGAUUCAAGCGCGUUAAUACCUUGGGAAGGAUCCCAAGGUAACACGCGUACUCUAGGUUAGGCUUGAAUAAGAAUCACUAAGUUAGUAGUUGGUCAGAGCGGAACGCUAAUCGGAUUUCAUGGUGAAAGGAACCAAGACCCUGAUUAGCUUUACUACGUUGCCUUUGUGCGUGGCCCAAGAUAGAUCUAAGGGUGGUUUCAUCCCCGAGCACUUGUAGGUGCUAACGGAGAUCGCAGAACUAGGGAUGAUUCAUUCAUUACAAAAAAAAAAAAAAAUGUGUACACCUAAUUGAUACACACAGACGCGCAAACAUAUCUACAUCCACCCGUCUUAUAGCACGAAGUUACGAAGGAAACCCGCAUGGGUUUCUUGGAAUGAAAGCUUCGUGGUCGAAGGAAAAUUCGCCUUGGUCCGAGAUUCGAACCCGCGACUAACGCCUUUCCUCUCGCUGUACCAUUUGAGCUAACCAGGAGGCUAGCGGUCCACAGCGUGAGGGCGAAUUAUUAGACAACUCGAAGCACUCCGACACUGAAUACGGAAAUGGAGAAGUACUUAUAAUUCGG